AUGAGUAGAGGAGGUCGCGGCGGAAGAUUCGGCGGUGGAGCAGCGAUGCCGCCGAUGGGUCUAACAUUCGCUGAUAUGGCGUCGAUGCGCACACAGGGCUCAUCGGCGCUUUACCCACCGCAGAAAAUGAAGCACAUGAAUGCAGCAGCGCCAUCUGAGCUGGAGUAUGCAAACGCUGCGGGUGACUACUACGAGCUCAUACGUCUUUCUCCCUACAACCUACCCGAAGAAGCUACCGAGGAGGAUAACAGCGCGAAUGCUAAUGCUAAUCAAGUCGAACGCUACUCAGAUAAAUACAAACUGAAACCUAAUACAGUCGCCAACCAGGACCACCUCUCCUCACUCAAGUCUAUAAUGAACCCUGAAUUCUUCCCGGCGCAGGUCUUUGACGGUGUCCGUAUGCGCAAGACUGUCCAGCGCAGAGAGAAACGCAAAAUCGAUUGGGAUGAUGCGGAGAAUGCAGAGGAGGAUCAAGAAGAGGAGCUGGAAGAGGAAGAAGAGGGUGACGAUGGUGAAGACGAUGCAGAUUAUGCCAAUCAAUAUUUCGAUAAUGGUGAAGGUGACGAAGAUGACGGCGGCGAUGAUGACGGUGGUGGUGGUGGCGGUGAUUUUGAGUAG